AUGUCUCUUCCUUCAAUACAAAGAGUUCUUCUGCAAUCUAUUGCUGCAGCAGACCCUGAGGGUCAUUUUGUAGAAGUCGAUAAUAUCCAAGCAUAUUAUAAGAUAGCAAUCCCUCAGCAUCAUCAAAUCCUGCUUCAAAAUCAACAACCACUCCCAUACGAACCUCACAAACCCGUGAUCCUUUGCCUUCACCAUUUUCUGGGAAAUCAGUAUACAUGGAAAUUUCUCAUGCAGCCAUUAGCUGAUGCUACGGGAUGUCAUGUUAUCGCCUAUGAUAGGGUGGCGUUUGGUUUCACUGAGAGACCAGUUCAGUGGGAAGAAGGCAAAAAUCCUUACACCCAACCUGCUGCAGUGGAAUUUGCUGUCCAAUUGCUGGUACAAUUGGGUUAUGGUACGAAAAAGGUAGUAUUUGUCGGAUGUUCCGCCGGUGCAGCCAUAUCUUGUUCUGUCGCAAUCAGAUAUCCUGAUUUGGUUCAUUCAUUAAUUCUGAUUGGGCCUUCAUUGAAGCCAGAUGAUCAAGGCCCACCUCCUGUAGCGCGUCACAUUUUAGGAUCUGCGUCAGGCCGAUUAUUUCUUAAGGCCAUAUUAUAUCGUUAUCUUCCAUUUCCGACACUUUAUCACGACAUUAAUUCUAUUAGUGAAUGGGAAACUGUGGUCAAACCGUGUAAUCGUGUUCCACUUACCUUACCAAAUUUCUAUGAGGCAGUUUCAUUGCUGAUGAAAUAUUUCAUUCCUUUAGAAAUAUUACCUAAUAAGCACGUGGUACAACGAUAUCCCAUAUUAUACAUCACUGGAGAUGAUGACAAAUACUUGCAUGUAGAUAAACAUAAAGAAGCAUUUGACGAAUUGGUAGCUGGUGCACCCGAAAAUGCAGUGAUAGAAUAUUACGUUUUAGAAAGUUGUGGUCAUUUGCCACAAGAUGAAAAACCUCAGGAGACUUUAGAAUUAGUGAUCAAUUUUCUCAGAAAGCUUGGUGUUUAUUCUGAGAACAGAUGCGCCUAA